AUGGACUUUGCAGACGUACUUCUGGUGCUGUUCAUCGUUGUAGUGCUGAUAGUCUCCUUGCUCUCUAACUUGUUGGUGUUGAUAUGCUUCAUCUACAGUUCCGACAUCCGUAAGCAGGUGCCGGGUAUAUUUAUAGUUAACUUGUCUUUCUGCAAUCUGCUUCUCACGGUUCUGAAUAUGCCAGCGACAUUACUGGGGAUUGUCAGAAAACAACAACCAUUUGGUGAUUGCAUCUGCCAGACCGUUGGAUUUUUGGAGACCUUUCUUGCCACGAACACAAUGCUGAGCAUGGCAGCGUUAAGCAUAGACAAAUGGAUUGCCAUUGUGUUCCCCUUAAGUUAUGUUAGUAAGAUGAGAUACAAGGACGCCGUACUCAUGAUGAGCUACACUUGGCUCCAUUCUCUCUCUUUCCCCGCCGUCGCGAUGUUCUUCACCUGGGUCGGCUUCAAUAACAUUUACGCAUCAUGCACUUUGCACCUACAAGAAGAGACGGGGCGAAGACAAUUCACAAUAUUCACCGUCGUCUUUCACUUCACCAGCUUUAUGCUCUCCCUUGUUAUACUGUGCUUUACAUACCUGAAGGUUUUGAAGGUUGCUCGAUUUCAUUGCAAAAGAAUAGACAUUAUCACAAUGCAGACUUUGGUUUUACUUGUGGAUAUCCACCCCAGUGUUAAACAGCGUUGCAUCGCGGAACAAAGGAGCAGAAGACAGCGUGCAACCAAGAAGAUCAGCAUUUUUAUAGGGUCGUUUAUUGUCUGUUUUGCCCCUUAUGUUAUAACCAGGUUGAUAGAGCUACUGUCGUUUGUGUCUAUAAACUAUCACUGGGGAGUUCUGACUAAGUGCCUCGCAUACUGUAAAGCAGCUGCUGACCCCUUCGUCUACUCACUCCUGCGCCAACAGUACAAGAAGGCUCUCGUCAACAUUGUCAACCGGAUAUUUAAAAGAGAUUUGUACCCCUCUUCUGGACACAACAGCUCCUUGGAUACCGAGAACGACUACUGCCUGCAGAGAACAUGAGCGCCACCUCACCCGUGUGCGUGUUGUGACCUUUUCACCCGCUGUAAGUGAAAUCUGGCCACCCGGAAGCACGCGAGACUACAUGCACUUUUUCAUCAUUCCAGUGUUAUGAGGAAAACUAGAGCCAAAGGAAAGCGUCUUUUUACGAUAAAUAUUUUAUUGAAAUAAUGUAACAUGGUCAAUUCUUUGUCUUUUUCCGUAAAUAUUUGUAUUUUCGCAGUUUUUGUGCAAAUUAUUA